UAGUAGGAGUCUUUCUGACCCCGUGCCACCGCGUUCAAACCCUAACCCUAGUUUUAACCCAGAUCUCUGGAUCCAGACCCAAAGCAUCGUUGGCCAAGUGCUUGAGAAAAAGCCGAGAAGAAGUCAUGCCUUCAGCUGAAGACGAAGAGGAGCGCGCCUUCUUCGACGACGACGACGACGACGACGACAUGGAGGGCGACGACAGCGAGGAGGAGGAAGAGGAAGACUACGAGGACGACGAUGCUGAGGCCGUGCAGCCACCUGCCUUCGCCGGCGUGGCAGUGGCGGCCGCGCCUCCUCUCCUCGCGAAGCCCGCGGAGGAGGGACUCAAUGGCACCACCCCCUCCACAUCCUCCUCUGACCGCGCCGCCCCAAACGCUAACCCCCCCUCAAACCCUAACCCCAACCCUGCUACCGCCGCAGAUCCCGGCUUCGCCCCGCAGAACGGCGCCAUCCCUAUUCUUCCCCUCUCUGCCGCUGCGCCCUCUACUCCCGCCGCGACGGCGGCUGGUGGCCUCUGCACGCCAUCCUCCUCCGAUCCCGUCACCCAGCCGUACGAGGACAGGAAGCCGUUCCCCGUCGCGGUCGCCGCUGUCGGCGGCGGAUACGAUGACUCCCGGCGGCUCUUCCAGCGGCUGUGGACCGACGAGGAGGAGAUCACUAUCUUGCAAGGGUUUCUCGAGUUCACUUCCCGGCGCGGCACCACCUUCGCUUCCCACCAGUACGACACCGGCCCGUUCUACGAGGAGAUCAAGAAGCGGCUCCAGCUGGAGUUCACCAAGAACCAGCUCAUCGAGAAGCUCCGCCGGCUGAAGAAGAAGUACCGGAACGUCGUCAGCCGGAUGCGGUCCAUGGGGAAAGAUUUCGCCUUUAGGAGCUCCCAUGAAAAGGACAUCUACGACAUAGCUCGCAAUAUCUGGAGUGCCAAUGUGAAGAGGGCUCGUGACAGCGACGACGACGAUCUCAACACCCCGAACAAUGCCUAUGCCAUUGAAGCCGUCUCCGCUCCCGAUGGAGCCAUGAAUUCAGACAGACGGAUGUCAAGAUCACGGAGGCGUUUCAGAAGGAGAACAGCAGAAGCGGCAACGGCAACGGCAGCAUCAGCAAGCCCCGCAACAGUAGGGGUUCCGGUAGGGAACUCGGUCCCGGUAACCCAAGUGCCUUCGUCGUCAGCUGCUGCUGCGAUCCCGGGCAUCAUCGAGGAGACGGUGAAGAGUUGCCUCUCACCGCUGUUCAAGGAGCUGAUAUACUCGGCAACCGGGGGGCCGCUGGGUCCAGGUCUCAGUGGUGGGGCUGGUUUAUUGGGGCUAGGGCCAGGACCAGGGCCAGGGCUAGGCGGUGGUGCAGCGGCACUGAGCCCAAUACCAUUCUGCCUCGGCGGAAGCCCGGCAAGUCUUCCAGGCUCAGGGGCGGCGGUGGAUGAGAAAUGGAAGAAGCAACAGAUCCUGGAGCUGGAGGUGUACUUGAAGCGGAUAGAGCUCCUGCAAGACCAGAUCAAGUCUACGUUGGAGGAGCUCAAGUCCUCCGGGAGCUGAUAAGAGGAGACAGAAGAUGCUAGAGUCUAUCUUCUAUUCUUUGUAAUGCCAAACACUUGGGACUUGGCUCCACUGCCGAUUGGACUCCACUUUUAUUUCAUCUCUCCCACCGGCCACGCAAGCCGCUAGCAACCCACCAGAGAGUGGAUUUGUCGGAUUUUGGCUCAAACCUAUGCAGUAUAAUUUAUCUACUCAAUUUUUUUUUUUUUGGACUGUAAAUACAAUGUUCACAUAUACGGUGAGAAUUGUCAUAUGCUUAUGCUAUUUGGCAUUUGAAUAUUCUACUUUAUGGAUAUCUGCAUAUUUAAUAGUAAUUGGACUUCUAUCAGCUUAUCAUGCACUUGGAUACUUCUUAUACUGUAUUUUGAUUCAUGAUCUAAUUCUUUAGCAUCUUUAUUGAUUUCUGAAAUUGUUUAAAAUAUUUUUAUUAAUUCAAACUUUCGGUCCAAGAAUACCAGGACCAUCCGUUUAAUAUCUCCAGACUAUCCAAAAUACUCUAAAAUUUUGUGAUAGCUUGCUUCUAUUUUGUGCUAUCAUUUUUUUUGUUGUGUUUUUUCUUCUUAUUAUUUUCAAAAUUUUAAUUAAACGGUGGUGGAUGGGAAAGUUGUAAGUUGUAAUGACAGUAUUAGCAAGAGGCAUAUGUGCGUUUAUGAUAAU